GAGUUCAUACACGCCUUUGUUAAGGGAUAACCUGCACAGCGCAUUUCAUCAUCAUCAUCACCAUCAUCAUCAGCGGCUCUCAGGAACUCUGAGGAUCUCGAGCAGAUUCAGGCGGAUUGAGCUACACGUUUAUCUCCUCAUGGCUUCAGACAGCAGCGAGUGUUUGGCUGGAUUCUGCCCGGAGUUCCGGUCAUUCGCCACGGACGCGAUUCACGCCGGUCAGGAACCCGAGCAGUGGAGCUCCAUGGCGGUGGUGCCUCCGAUUUCACUGUCCACCACCUUCAAACAGUUCAGUCCCGGAAAACACGCUGGUUUUGAGUACAGUCGCAGCGGGAAUCCCACACGGAAUUGUCUGGAAAAAGCCGUCGCUGCGCUGGACGGAGCUCAGCACUGUGUUGCUCUGGCCUCUGGAUUAGCUGCCACCACGACCAUCGUGCACAUGCUGAAGACUGGAGAUGGGAUUGUGUGCAUGAACGACGUCUACGGAGGAACCAAUCGUUAUUUUAAAAGGAUAGCUGCAGAGAUCGGCUACGACAUCUCCUUCACUGACUGCACCAAUCUGGACACGUUAAAAGCAGCUCUGAAGCCCAAUACAAAGCUGCUGUGGCUUGAAACUCCCACAAAUCCAACUAUGAAGGUUCUGGACAUUAAAGCCUGCUCAGAAAUCGCACACGAGUACAACAAGGACAUUAUCGUGGUUGUGGACAACACCUUCAUGUCAGCGUACUUCCAGCGCCCCCUGGCCUUGGGAGCAGACAUGUGCAUGUACUCUGCCACAAAGUACAUGAAUGGGCACAGUGAUGUCGUCAUGGGGCUGAUUUCGGUUAGCCGUGAGGACCUGUAUGAAAAGCUGAAGUAUUUACAGAACGCUCUGGGGGCCGUCCCUUCCCCGUUUGACUGCUACUUGUGUAAUCGAGGACUGAAGACGCUGCACCUGAGAAUGAAACAGCAUUUCAGGAACGCGGUGGCUGUGGCACAGUUUCUCGAGGCUGAUCCCAGGGUGGACAAAGUCAUUUUCCCAGGUCUGCCGUCUCACCCCCAGUAUGAGCUGAUGAAGAGACAGUGCACAGGAUGUCCCGGGAUGAUCACCUUCUACAUUAAAGGCAAACUGGAACAUGCCACUGCUUUCCUCAGAAACCUGAAGUUGUUUGCUCUUGCUGAAAGUCUCGGAGGCUACGAGAGUCUGGCUGAGCAUCCAGCGAUUAUGACUCAUGCGUCGGUGUCAGAAGAGCAGCGGAUGGAGCUGGGAAUCACAGACACGCUGAUCCGUCUCUCUGUGGGACUGGAGGAUGAGGAGGACAUUAUCGCAGACCUGGAUCAAGCACUCGGUGCAGCUCAUGCAAAGAAUUAAACUCUUCAGCGUGGGCCAGGAGCUGUGACGACUUUUCACAUUUUGGCACGUUGCUUUUUUCUUUUUAUGUUUUUUUUUUUUUUUUUUUUAGGCGCAGUGAUGUAGAUGAACAUGCUUGAAGUAAUUUUGACAUCAGGGAACAAACGUGACACGAGUCAGUGCUUCCAUAGAUCAGGGAUUUUUUUUUUUUUUUUUUUUUUUUUGCAGGUGAAAUAUAGGGUUUGAAUGCCUUUUGAUACAUGGGGCAUUUUGCAAUUUUAAAAACCUUCUUAUUACUUAUUACAAAUUGGAUUGGUGGUUGAUUGGUGACGAGGGUUAGAAAGGGAAUUCGUAAUGAACGCUGCUGCUGUAUUUCUGUCCUGACACUGUGCUCAUGAGGGACUGCAGAACCAUUCAAACCCAAGGAUGGUCUAUACAUAAAUGAGCAAGGAUACACACUUCUCUCUAUGCUGUGUCAGAUUUUCUAUAUCACAGUUUACUUGAAUGCACAUGAACAAAAUGGCCAAGCCAUAUAUUUUUUUAAGGAAAAGUUGCUUUGAAUUGUCGUCUGUGCUUUUAGACCCAUUAAAACCCAUGUGUAAUUUA